GUCCCGCCUGGCGGCAUUUGCGCAUGCUCCAUGACCUCGGCAGGUGGGGACGUGGUGGCGCGGGAUGUCGCGGGCCUCCAAGGUGGCGCUGGGCCUGUCCGUGCUGCUCACCGCGGCCACAGUGGCUGGCGUGCACCUCAGGCAGCGGCAGGACCGGCAGAGACUUCGUGACGGAGUGAUCCGAGACAUUGAGAGGCAAAACCGGAAAAAGGAAAACAUUCGUCUUUUAGGCGAGCAGAUUAUUUUGACUGAGCAACUUGAAGCAGAAAGAAAGAAGAUCUUGUUAGAAAAAGGAUCUCAGAAAACGUGAUUUUUAGUGAGCGUGACCUGUUUCUGGGACAGACUGCUC